CUUCACGUCUCUAUGUCAAACACUCGGAUCCUUCAGGAGCGUUUCUCCUCCUCACCUCCUCUUCUUCUUCUUCUUCUUCUCCUUCAGGAGCUGGACGGUUCUGCCUCGUUCCUUUAGCAUCAACAGAAACCUGCUUCCAUUGUUUUCCUUUUCCUGUUGCAGCUUUGGUACUUGGAAUCUCCGCAGCGCGCUUUUACGCACAGCCUGACGCAACACGUGCAGCGCGAGACGAGGAUUUCUGCACAAGCUGCGUCUCGGGACCCUCCUCCUCCUCCUCCUCCUCCUCUUCAUCGCUCCAGGACUCGGCCCUUGGCCCGACAUUGUUGACGUUUCCAUGGAAACCCUGGCCCCAGUUUGGGCCCAUGACCCCUGUGACCUCAGCGACCUCAGAGAGAAGAAGCAGGCACCAGCGCCCGAGUGGGAGUCUCACUGUGUCUUCAGCUGCUCGCCCCCUGCUGGACGGAUGUGGACGGAGCAGCUGUCGCCUCACAUCCAGAGAAACAAACAGCUGCGGGACGUCCUGCUGCAGAGGGAGGAGGAGCUGCUGCGACUGCAGGAGGAGAACAACAAGCUCAGAGAGUUCCUCAGCUCCUCGUUCGUCAGGAAACUGGAGGAGCAAGCUAAAAAGCUUAGAGCUGAUGGGAGGAGAAACCUCAAGAGAAACCUGAUGUACGUCAGUGAUGAAGAAUGGUUCCAGGCCCGUGGACAUCAGCUCGCAGCGUCUCCGCAGGUCAGCAAGAGGGUCUGCAGGAACCUCACCGAGGAGCUCAGCUCAGUGUCCUCCCAAACCUCUGCCGUCUUCUCAGAACCAAAUCUGGACCUGUGGGUUCUAAGAACACUGGGACUGAAGGACAGAGACACCAUCGAUACGUCCAACGAGUCCUUGUCCUCACCGGGACACAGCCUCAGAAGGUCAGGUUUUGAUGCCACGUCUUCCUCGUCCUCUGGAUACACUCUGAACUCUCUGAGCCCUCCAGCUGGGACACACUCCUCUGCCCACAGCCAGAGCUCCACCCUCCACCCAGACUACAGGUACCAUGCUGCCAGAAGCCAAGGAGCAAACUGUGGAUAUCCUGCCGAGUCAUCUCAGAACUGCACAACUUCUCCAAGUCAGCGCUCUGACCUCACUGCAGCUGUGUCCAGGAGCCACGAUACACUAACCAGCUUCCAGUCCCCGGGUACAACAGAGAACUUCCCCGAGUCACCGGACCGAGCAGAGAUCUGCUCCAUCACUGCCUCCAGUGGAGCUCAGUCUCUAGAGGGACACCCAGCCCACUGUCCAGCAUACUGGUCUUCACCGGAAGACAGCCUGACACCAUCAGAGGGCACAAACCAGUUCGGUCCACCAGUAGAAAUAAUAAUUUUUUCACCUGUUUCAACUUCAAGUCCAGUCCAGAACCGACCCUGUCCUCCAGCUCCAGGCUGCAGCCCAACACGUCCGCCAGCGGGCUGUCCGCCUGCCACCGCGCCACAGACGCCGCGCGGCCGGACAGAUUUGGCCUUCACUAUGUCUCUCAGUCCGUCCAGCAGCGUCAAGACCCACAGCUUCCCUCAGGGACAAGCCUUCGUCUCAAAGGACACAGACGGAACGUGGAACUUCACCUGGCUGCCCAGACAGGGACCCUAGGAGGCUGGGUCACUAUCCACCAAAGAGACUUUGAGGAAACUCCACGUCCCCUCUCGUUGGUCCCUGAAGACACGUCCAGAACCGUCCAGAUUUCAGUUUCUUGAACUUGUUGCUGACUUCCUACUUCUGUCCGGAUCUGGAGGUUCUGACUUUACACAACAAACUGAGAAGCAAAUAAAGACCUUAAAGAACACUUCAGUCCCGUCAGGUGCUUCUGAUGGAGCUUCGGAUUAUCUGCCUUCUGCUCGUGAAACUGAAUGGAUCUCAUUCAGAUUUAAAAAAGGUUGUGGUGCAUUUUGUUCAAUGUCAUCUAGUAAGAAAAGUGUUUGUUAAACUGUGGAACAAGAAUAACCAGCUUGAUGUAGGAUUGACAGUCACUCUGUGAGGAUACGGAUCAGUUUACGUUUUAGAUAAGAAGUUAAUUCACAGCAUGUUACGUUAAAAACA